GUUUGCACAUGGCGUAACGAUAUUCCUUCUCAUGUUGGAUUGUAGCCGGUCCAUUCUCCAAAAUUAUGUCAUACUGUAGGGAUGAGGGUAAAGAUAAAGUGAUUUUCGUCACUGAGGAAGACCAUGCGACUCCAAGCUCUGUGACACUGAGCGAAGAUGACGAAGAAGAAUUAGAGGGUCUGAUCAAAGAAAACGGCGAAAUAAACUGGGAUUGCCCCUGUUUGCAGGGAAUGGCGUACGGGCCUUGUGGAGAACAAUUUAAAGCGGCAUUCUCGUGCUUUCAUUACAGUGAAGCGGAUCCAAAAGGUUCUGACUGUAUUCCACAGUUUCGUGACAUGCAGGAGUGUUUUAUGAGGUAUCCUGAAAUUUAUGGAAAAGAUGAUGAAUUAGACGAAGAUGAUUCGAUAAACAUGAAAUUAGAAGCUGAAAACACUAAUGAUGGACAAGAAAAUACCACUCUUUUCGAGGAAAUUGACCGUUCGCUUGUUUCUGUGAAUAGUCCCGAUGCAAACUCCACUUCAAGCUGACGACCUGUCUUUGCUAAUGGCUGUUGUUAUUAGUAUAAAUAUUGGUUGGAGAAUGUUGUUGUAACAAUGUGUUUGAAUUUCUCUUUCCUUUUGAAGCAAUCAAAAAAGUGUUGUUGCAUAUGGG